UGCCUCGUUGAGUUGCCUCCGGAAAAGAUCUCGGGGGUGGAAAAGCAACUGCAAAAUAACAGACGGAGAAAAUUCCUUGGAAGUUAUUUCUGUAGCAUAAGAGCAGAAACUUCAGAGCAAGUUUUCAUUGGGCAAAAUGGGGGAACAACCUAUCUUCAGCACUCGAGCUCAUGUCUUCCAGAUCGACCCAAACACAAAGAAGAACUGGGUACCCACCAGCAAGCAUGCAGUUACUGUGUCUUAUUUCUAUGACAGCACAAGGAAUGUGUAUAGGAUAAUCAGUCUAGACGGCUCAAAGGCAAUAAUAAAUAGCACCAUCACUCCAAACAUGACAUUUACUAAAACAUCUCAAAAGUUUGGCCAAUGGGCUGAUAGCCGGGCAAACACUGUUUAUGGACUGGGAUUCUCCUCUGAGCAUCAUCUCUCAAAAUUUGCAGAAAAGUUUCAGGAAUUUAAAGAAGCUGCUCGGCUGGCAAAGGAGAAGUCGCAGGAGAAGAUGGAACUGACCAGUACCCCUUCACAGGAAUCAGCAGGAGGAGAUCUUCAGUCUCCUUUAACACCAGAAAGUAUCAAUGGGACAGAUGAUGAGAGAACACCCGAUGUGACACAGAACUCAGAGCCAAGGGCUGAGCCAGCUCAGAAUGCAUUGCCAUUUUCACAUAGUUCAGCCAUCAGCAAACACUGGGAGGCUGAACUAGCCACGCUCAAGGGGAACAAUGCCAAGCUCACCGCAGCGCUGCUGGAGUCCACUGCCAACGUGAAGCAGUGGAAGCAACAGCUGGCUGCCUACCAGGAGGAGGCAGAGCGGCUGCACAAGCGGGUCACGGAGCUGGAAUGUGUUAGUAGUCAAGCAAACGCGGUGCACAGCCACAAGACAGAGCUGAGUCAGACAGUGCAGGAGCUGGAAGAGACCCUAAAAGUAAAGGAAGAGGAAAUAGAAAGAUUAAAACAAGAAAUUGAUAACGCCAGAGAACUUCAAGAACAGAGGGACUCUUUGACUCAGAAACUACAGGAAGUUGAGAUUCGAAAUAAAGACCUGGAGGGGCAGCUGUCGGAGCUGGAGCAGCGCCUGGAGAAGAGCCAGAGCGAGCAGGACGCUUUCCGCAGUAACCUGAAGACUCUCCUAGAGAUUCUGGACGGGAAAAUAUUUGAACUAACAGAAUUGCGGGAUAAUUUGGCCAAGCUACUAGAAUGCAGCUAAAGAAAGUGAAAUUUCAGUGCCAAUAGAUGAAGAGAUACUGUCUGUCUUCGUAGGACUGUUUGGGCUCUGUACCAAGAUUGCACAAAAUUUUUUGAAUAUCAUUCCUCCAGAAGGAGGGUGUUUUGAAAAUUGGAAUUGUAUAUUUCAGUAUAAAUUUUAGAAUUUAGCUUAUAGCUAGUUGGGGGAAAAAAAGACAUGAAAAACUUGAACCACAAAUUACCUCCAUGUACAUUGGCCAUAGUUAACCAGAAAGUUAUAAGUAGACACUUAAUGCAAUCUUUUCCCCUGAUAGUAGCCAAUGGGAGAAUUAACAAUGUCUGGGUCCCUUCUCCUUUUUCUGUUCAACACAGUGAAGAUUAUCUGCUUUUUAAAUUUAUUUACGAUAUCUACAGCUGUGUUUUGUGUAAAAACUUAGUAAUGGAAGCCCUGUCUUUGUUGUUAUCUGAAUAAUUUCUCAGGAUAUUUUUUUGCUGCUGAGAAAGGGCCAUUACCAAUUAAUCCUUGCCAGGAGUUGGGGAGCUAUGUCUCUAAUUGGAAUCACUAUAACUGGGUGUCUGGAGUUCUUCCCUUUUCGUACUGAGAGUGUUCUCACUCUAGUGACUACUCUGGUACACUCCGUGUUCUCCAAUCUUGUCUGUUGUACUUUACUUUUCCAUAUUGACUCCAUGUAUUUAUGAGAAGAUAUUAUCUCCCAUUUUAUUAUACAUUUUGAAGCCAACUAAACAAAGGCAGCUGAGUCCUUCAGAUAUUUUUCUUUUUAAAUUUAUAGUAAAUUUGACACAGAACUGAAAUUCAGCAGUCCGUCUUUGACGGUUUAGUCUAGCAAUGUUAAGGAUAUUUAGAGAAAAUAUGCAGUUACGUUUAUUUAUAUAUUUGGCAAGAAAUUUUUUCUGGAUGAUCAAUGCUUUUCAAUUUAUGAUAAAUAAUGGUUAGGGGCGCUGUUUAUUAUAGAUAAUUUUAAGGUGUAUAGCUGUUUUCAAGGAGGUCCACUCCCGUCUAGCAGCCAAGCAGAGGACUGUAUCUAAAUCGUGAUCGUGGCAGAUGGGUCUUCAUAGAAACCAUGUCUUUAUUCAAACUUCAUAGGGCAAUAUUUUGAACUGUUACCUAGGCAUUUCAAAACAGGAAAUACCGUCAACAGACUCUUCUCCAAGAGCAGGUUUUACUGUUGUUUUGAUGUAAUUUUAAGACAUUUAGCAAACAUGCAUUUCUUUAUAUGAUACAUUUCUUUCACAAAACAAUUUAAAAGUAAGCCACGUGCUGUCUGCUCUGCCCGGGUAGGAAUUGCAUCAGAAUACAUAUAUCUUGCUGUACAAUGCCUGUGAUAUUGAAGAGGGUUCUUUUCAUGUAUGCUUGAGUAUCUAACUCUGGAGUCAAUGAAUGCACUGACUUUUUUUUUUGUUCGUACCCCAAAUGAUUGAAUUGUUAAGUACAAAUUAAGCAGAUUAACUCAUUUUUUCACUCAUAAACAGAUUCUUAGUACUAGUUUUGUUUUAUAUUUAUGUGUAUGUAUGUAAAUACAUACAUAUUAAUUUAUAUUAGAGUGAAAAAUAAAUUGUUUGUUUCUAACAUUAGUUUCUACAGUAAGGUGUCUCUGAAACAUGUGUGUCAGACACUUAGCCACCAUGCAUUCUAUGUGCUACCCCAUCAUGCCAGUCACCUCCAUCGACGUUAGGGUAUUUUCCUUACCUGUCUAUUAUAAAGAGAAUAACUUAGGUACACAUGCUCAGAGCCGAGAUAUUUCUCUGAUAAAUCAGGUAAUAAAAUCUAUUUGAUGGGUAGAAUUUUGAAAACAGACAUGAUUUUAUCUAUGAGUUUCUGAAUAUCAAAGAACACCAGGUUUUCAUUUAAAUAGAGGUCUAACACUAGGGAUCAGGGAAUUUAGUUAUGAAGAGUUUAAAAAAAAAAUCUAAAAAAGUAAAAAAAAAACAGUAUAAGCUGUUGAUAAGGUAAGCAAAUUAUUUUAAUGAUGUAAUAAAAUAUUUUUAAAUUUUGGCAUAGUGAUCAUUUAAUGGGAAAAUACUCACCAAAAUGUCUCCACUUGAAUUGUACUGAUAAUGUGAGGCAUAUGUGUAACUCAAUAUAUACAUAUACCUAUAUGUAUAUACAGAAAUUAUUUUUAAUAUUUUCCUACUGCUGUGAAAUUUAAAAUUGGAAAAUUUUGUGAGUGUUUUCCAUGUCCAAUAGAGCCUAACUGUUUCUUUUUUAGUAACUUAACAAUCUCUUGAGGGCUGCACCUAUAAAGUCCCAGCUUGUCAGUAGACAUGUACAGUGUUUGGGAUAAGGUGGACACAGUGCACAUAUGAGUAAGACCUUCCUGACUAUUUUAAACAUCACUCACAUGAGGAGAGCCUCUAUGCUAUAGGUUGUGUGCCUACUGUAGCUUUUCCAUCGCUGUAUUAUAUAGACAUUUGCAUAUUAAAAUUUGAUUUUUCCCAGAGAUAAAUAUUAUAUAGUGUAUCUAUAUUUAGAUCAAACUGUGGUAACAUGUUGAUGAGAUCAUAGCGUUGGGGAAUGUAGCCUGAACGUGUGGACUCGCAGAGACCCCGAGGGAGAGCAGGGGUCAAUCCCAUCUGUGUAUAAGUUAUUAUAACUAUGAAAUCUUGUACAAAAGCAAAAACUGGAAAAAAAAACAAAAAUACAGUUUUUAUUUUGAAAUACAUUUGUUCUGGAGAAUGUACUUCAUCAUUUUUCCCAGUCUCUUAAGGACAUUUGAGUAUUUAAGUGACGGCAGCGUCUACUUCAACCCCACAGGUGCUACUGGAGUUUGCAUUAGUAUGUGAUGUUUUAAAAUCCUAACUUUGACAUAAAAGGUUUUAUAAGUAUUUCCCUGCCUGGAAAAUUAGUUUUUAUUCUUCUUUCUUCAUUCCCUCUCUCGCUCUGCCUCUCUGGACUACAAAUGAACAUUCAGAAAUUGCAUUGCUCCUCAUCCCUAAAGGGACUUUGCAGCACCUUCAGACCCGGAUGCUCUGUUGUCUUUGGACGCUGGGAGCAGUUAGGGGAGGAGCUUGUCACUUGUCCUUUCAGGUGACUGAAAUGGUAAGCUACCACGUGACCUUUAAAAAGCCAUUGCCUUGCUCUGUUAAAAUUACGUUGUCCUUUAGCAGGUAAGCCUCCCCCUUCUCUGCUGUUGUUUGCCUCUGGAGCGUGGUUUAGGCUGCCUCUCUGGAUGCUGACCGCCCGGGGACUGCACUAGGAGGCAGGCCGUGGGAAAGCUUGUGGGUUAUUGUUCUGAGCUCGCAUGUGUUUGAUACCAAAUAAUUUUAACAUUUGAAAUUUUGUGCUUCAAGACACGAAAUAGACUUCAUUGAACUUUUGUUUCCCAUAUGUGUUAACAUAAACUUUUAGCGUUCAUGAGGUAAAUUAACAUCAUUUCUUUUUCUUUUAUGGUGCUUGGGGGGUCAAACCCAGGCAGGACCUAGCACAUGGCUAGGCAAUACUGUGCCACUGAGCCACUUCCCAGACCCAUAUAAACCAUAAAGAAGAGAACUUUCAGGUAAGAAAUAGUUGAGUUUGAAACAUUUUUAUAAAAAAAUAUCCUAAAUAGAAUACCACACUAUAUGACUGGUAGUAAUAAGUAUUUGUUAAGAACAUUUUUUAAAAAUUUUAGACUCACUCAUUCCAUUGUCCUAACAACAACAACAACACAUUUUAAACUGGCCAUUAGCAUUCAUACUUUUAAUCCCAGCAUUGAGAAGGCUGAGGCAGGAGGACUGAGAGUUGAAAACUAUCCUGGGCUAUCUAUGGUAAGACCGUGUCUCAAAAAUAAAGAAAAAUAAAUUUAAGCCUACUACACAGGGAGAAUCUGGGUCGCUGACAGCUUCACCCAUCCCGUCAGUACCACGCUGACAAUAAUGUGUUAAGCCACUAGGUAAAGCAGGUACCUUUACAAAGAAGAUAGGUGUGAGUUUUUGCAUGUGUUCCUGUGCACGGUCUGAGUACCCAGUACCUGUCUGGUGCUCAUGGAGGUGCAGAAGGGUGCUGGACUCCAUGGAAGGAGAGUCACAGAUGGCUGUGAGCUGCUGCGUGGGUGCUAGGGACUGAGCCAGGGCCUCUGCAAGGACAAUAACUGCUCUUGACCACAGAGCCACCCAUGCAGCCCUUCGAGCACUUCAUGCAUGCUUUUUAUCACAUUAUAUUCUCUUCUGUUCCUCAGAUCUUCCCCCAUCCCUGUCUGCCCAACUUCAUAGUCUUUCUCUUGAAUGAAAGAGAAGAGGGAGAAGCUACUCAAAGCAUGCAGUCCGAUCUGUGUGGGCACCAGGCCUGCCCUGGCCUGGGCUUGGCAUACGCAGUGUUCCCCGGGAGGAACUUUCCCUCCCCCAACAGCUGUCAAUUGGAAAGAACCUGUUAGUUAGUGGAGACACUUAGUUUCUACCUCCCCUCCUCAGUGCUGGGACUUUUCUGGCUUGGGUUUGUGCAGGUCUCAGAGUACUGUCUUAGUCUUUGAGAAUCCAUACGGUCAUCAGGCCCGCAGUGUCUAGGAAAUGUCUUCCUUCAAAUCAUCCACCACCCCUGACUCUUAGAAUCUGUCUGCCUCAUCUUCUGCAUAGGUUCCCAGCCUCGUGGGGAGAAAUGUGAUAAAGAUACCUCAUUCAGGGCUUAGAUAGUAUGAAUGAAAUCAAGAACCUGUGACUAGGUAUGGUGAGGGUCCUCUGGGAAAACCUACUACUGUCAUUCCGUACAUGAACUUAGCGGUGACCCCUGAUGGUCUGCCACUGCACCGUACCGAUAGGUCAGUGAUUUCUCAGCCCUCAUUAGAGAAGCUUCUUCCUGCAGUAGACAGUAAGUAACACAGACCCACAGCUGGACAGCACGCAGAGCGAGAGACUUGGAGGAGAUGCCUUUCCAAGGAGCUACAGGUACUGUUUAGACGUAGAACACAUGUUUAAAUAUAUGCAGAGUCACACAUUAAACCCUCAGUAAAGGGGUUGGGGAUUUAGCUCAGUGGUAGAGCGCUUGCCUAGGAAGCGCAAGGCCCUGGGUUCGGUCCCCAGCUCCGGGAAAAAAAAAAAAAAACCCUCAGUAAAAACAAACAAAAUAUAAGAUUUACAGAAUUUUUAAAGUCAUUUUUAUCAAAGAUCUGUGGGACAUGAAGAAAACUGCAUCUGGGUUAGAAUAAAAGGUUAGAAACACCCAAAAAUCCUGUGGACUUUGUCAUCUUUAGAGAGGAAAUCUAAAAUCACUUUCUGUCCUUUAGAGGGCGCACUUCAAGUCUAGCAUAGCAGUCCGUGUCCCUAGUCCCAGCAGCUCAGACAGCUGAGGCUCGAGAAGAGUUUAAGACCAGGAGUUGGGAACCAGUCAGGGCAAGACAGACCCUGUCUCUUUUUAAAAGUAAAUAAAAGAAGGGGGAAAUCGAGGAAUAACAUUACUGAACGUGAAUGCCGCAGAUGGGAGGAGCGACAUGACCAGUUUUUGUCUGAGGUAGAUCGAGAUGGCCAGACACAAAACCCUUCCUUCCCCAGUCGUACUCCCCGUUUGCUGUUACUCUUUUUAUUGUUUGCUUGUGUUUUGAGACAGGGUCUCUCUGUAUAGCCCCGACUAGCCUGGCAUUUGUUGCAUAACCAGGUAGGCUGCCCUGGAUCUCACGGAGCACCGGGAUCAAAGGCGUGCACCACACUACUUAGCUGUUGCUGCUUUUCACCAAAUAAAUGGGGAUGGCCCUGAGGAAUCUCAAAGACUCUGAGAAAAUCCUGCCUCUUGUUAGGACUCAUAACCAACUCUAAGACGUAAGCUUCCACACUCACCAUUUCUCAGGAUUCUGACCUACUUUUGUUAGCUGUUUUCAUGACUGAUAGACCCAAAGAUAGAAACACUGCCCCGCUUUCUCACCGUGGCAUUAAGUGAAGGUGCUCAGGUGUCUCCGUAAGUGCAGACCAUGGCUGUGUCUAUAGUCUAGGGAGUCCUUAUGGUAGUUUCCUGUUGACAUGUUUGGCCUUGUCUGCGUUGACACCACCUUACUGAGGACUCAUUCAGUAAGUACCUGGUCUCUGCGGCUUGUAAGUGGACUCGCUGUCCCUCUGGACUUCCGUGGAUGGCAUCUCAGAGAGCAUGGCCGGCAGUGAGAUGUGCGUGGUGUGGCUUCCUCUGUAGUCUGAAGUAAGUGGGGACAGGAGUGUCUGUUGGACACCUGCUUUGUGAGAGGCACGGUGCCAGCUGCUUGGCAUAGGCAGAGCAGGGCAAAGGAGAAAGGUUCAAACGAUGGCCCUGCGGUGUUCACACACAGUCGGGUGUCUGUCUGGCGCAUCUGUCAGGAAGUACAGCUCUUGAGCAUAUUUCUGUGCAAGGUUUAUGGGUUUGUUGUUUUUGUUUUCCUAACUUAUCUGCCUUGCCUCUCUAAAAUGCCUAUUAGAACUUAUUUUUCGUUUGUUUGUGUUGUUGUUGUUUUGAAAAAAGGUCUUAUUUAGUCCAGGGUAGUCUCAGACCUAAUGUCUGAGGAUGAUCUGCCUGCACCUAGUUUCUAGGGUCAUAGGCAUGUGCCAUCCUGUCAACUUUUGUGCGGUAUUGGGCAUUGAACCCAGAGCUUCGUCUGUCCUGGGGACACAUUGUCCAUUGGGUGACAGUGUUGGCCCUGUUAAGAUGAUGAGUAGCCACAUAUCUCAUGUUUGCUCUUCAGCCUUUCUUGAUGCUUACAACUCUUGUUGCCAUUGUAAAUUACACAUCAUACUUUUACAGGUGUCUUAUUCAUGGACCAUAUUUUAGUUCCAAUAUAAAGAAAACAAAGCUUACAGACUUUUCCAGCGAUUUUAAAGAAACUAGUUGUUCAUAUGCAGGAUUUCAAUCCCUUGAACAUAAGUGACCGCUUACUUUGGAACCACAUAUUGGUAGUCCCACACUUGAGAGACUGAAGCGAGAGGGCUACAAAUUAGAGACCAACCUGGGAUGCCUCGCAAAACCCAUCAUAAAACAAAAUAAUAGAAGCUGGGCUUGGUGGACCACACCUUCAUCCUGUCAUAUGGGAGGCAGAGGCAGACAAAUGUCUGUGAGUUUAAGGCUAGCCUUAUCUACAUAGACCCUGUCUCCAUAAAGAGAGAGAGAGAGAGAGAGAGAGAGAGAGAGAGAGAGAGAGAAAGGAAGGAAGGAAGGAAGGGGGAAAAGUGAAAAUAAUAAAUAUAAAAAGCAAAGAAAAUCAAGAGGGGCUAGAAAGGUGGCUCAGCAGUUCAAAGCACGUGUUGCAGCACCCAGUUUCAAUUCUCAGCACCCAUGUUCCUGUCUGCUCACAACCAUUCAUAACCAGGGGAUCUGACAUCCUCUUCUGACUACCACAGAAACCAGACAUAUACAUACUGCACAGACAAUACAUGUAAAACACUCAAACACAUGAAAUAAAUAUUUUUUAGAAAGUAGCAAGGCCUUAGGAAGACAAUGCAGCUCUUAUUCUCUGUGAAACAAACUAACCUGGAAACUCAUUUCUUGCAUUGAGGGAAGCUCACUGGAGAUGUGCUUGCUGCUCAUUCUGGAUGACUAGUCAGUGCUGGCUCUGAACCAUUAAAUCAUGAGUGUAUGUUAAAGCUUGGAGAAGGAUGAAGGCACUUAGCAUAGUCCCAAUGAGACCUCAGUUAGUUAAUGAUUACUAAAGUAUUUGCAUUGUGCUAGGUGUGGGAGCUGUAAAGGCCUCCUUGGUGGCUUUUUCUCUUUCAUCAAAUUUAAUUUAAAUAGACAUAACAAAUAUAAAAUUUCCCAUUUAAGCUAUCUCUAAGAUUACAAUUCAGUGACUUUAAAUACUUUCAUGGUGUUAUUUUAACCACUUUGUCAUUCCUGGUGACUGAACUGUACCAUUUAUCUCUGUGCAUUUGCCUAUUCUAGGUCCUUGUAUGCAUGGAGUCAUACAGUGUUUGUCUUUUUGUGUCUAGCUUGUUUCUUGUAGCAUGUUCUCAAGGUUUAUCCACUUGUGGAAUGUCUCAGAAUUCCAUUGUUUCUUGAGACUGAUAAAAUUAUGUUGUAUGAAGAUUAGCCAUACUAUUUAUCCAGUCAGUUGUUGCUGGAUGUUGGGUUGUUUCUACCAUUGUCAAUAAUGCUGCUGUGAACAUUUGUGUAUAAAAAUCUGAGUCUCUGUGUCAUGUUUUAGGGGGUUAUAUACCUAAGAUAUAAAUAGGUAGUUCAUAUGAUAAUUCUAUGUUUAACUUUUUGAGGAGCAAGUAGGAGAUUAAGUUUGAAUUAGAUAAAUGUAUUUUUUUUAAAGGCUGUAGGUUAAGGAGUAAGUUUGCAGGGAAAUUGUAGUCUCCAAGCUGGUGUUCUGUAAUAAAUUCAUAUGUGACCCACGUGCCUUUUUGAAAAGUAUGUGUGCACGUUAUGUGGAGGUCAGAGACAGCUUUUGUAAGUUGGUUCUCUCCUUCCAUGUUGAGCUGUGGAGAUUUAAAUGUAGACUGUCAAGCUUGCAUGGCAAGCACUUUUACCUCCUGAGCCAUCUCACCAGCCAGUCCACAUGCCUUUUACACAUUCUUUCUAUAGACAUUGAGCACCAGCUAUGGCCCAGGCUCUGUUUUGGAAUAGAAACUAUAGGAAAAAGGCCAUACUUGAGUAUAAGAAAGAACUAUUUGCACUGUAAGUGCUGUGGUAAAAGAGGACUCUGGUAGGAAACAUCCUAGAGAAGGGUGGGGAAGUAUUUUCCAAAGGAGAUGAACCUUCUUCAAUUCUUGCUGAAGGGACAAAAACUAGUCAAUUAGAGAAGUAAAAGAACCACUGUGAGCACAUCAUAUGCAAAGGCUCAAGACAGGAAAACACUGGAGCCAUUUAGAUUAGAGUGGGCCAGUGCAGAGAAGCAUGAGACAUGGGAAAGGGCAUGGCAAAAGGGGGCAGAAGGCAUAUUGGAACAUUGUUGUUUAUAUACAAGGUUUGACUGGGACAUUGCUCAUUCUGCAGUAGUGGAGAGAUAGUGAGGUGAUUUUGUUGCAAAGAACUAAUACAAUAUAAGACCAGGCAGUUAGGUAAAUGACAGUAAUCCUGCUGAGAGACUGUUGACAGCUAUGGCCCUGGGGAUGGUAUAAAAUAUGCAGUGAUGGGUCUGGAGUGGUUAGGAGGUGAAAUAACUAGGAGUUCCUAACUCGUUCAGGUGCUGUGGGAGAAUUCAGGUUGACUGUUGGGCAUCUUGAACCACAGGGUGAGUGGAACAUGAAGGAAAAGCUGGUAGGCAGAGACCAGAGGCAUGGGUUCCUACCUGUUGUUCUUUAUGCAAAAAUGGGCAUGACUGGAGUAAAUGAGUUUCUUUUUGAAUGAAUUUAGUGUGUAUGAAAAAUACCUAUGUAAAAAGUCUAGGUGUGGAGCUUAGGAAAAAAAAAAUAGCUGAUAUUAGCUACUUUGGAAUGGACACUGUGUGGCAGCAGUUGAGAGCCUGAAGACAGGGAGAACACAAAGUGAAGGUGAGAAUUUAGGCUAGAUGCAGCUUGAAGAAGACUAGACAGGAAGGGUGGCUCAGCCCACAUAGUGGGCCUCUGGGAGCCAAGAGUAGAGUUCUAGAAAGCCAUAUUUCAUAUGAAAAUAAAGCCACAACUCAACUCAGGACUCAGGGCGAUGCUUUAAAAUGUGUUCCAUUGAGAUCCUUUAUUUGUUUUAAAUAUGUUUUAGGUUUAAAGGAAUUAAAAACCAACAAACAGAAACAUGCUAUUUUAGCAUACUCAGAUCCACUACAUAUAACAUUUAAAAACACUGAAAUCUGUGUUAACUAAUUUUUCCUGGAGUUUAAGCCAAAUUGGUAGGGUUGCUGCUGACUUCUGUAGGGAUUGGGAUGUUCUCAGUGUGGCACAUAAAUGGCAUCCGAAGUGGUGUGUCUUCUAAAGAUUCAUUUUUACAUUUAUGACAACAGCGUUAUUGUCUUUAAUGGUGUGCUGAUCAGAUACUCCAUGCCAUUGUUUGUCUCUGUAUUGAACUUCAUUUUGUUAUCGGGAGGGGUGGAUACUUAGGCCACAGCCAGAAGAAGGUAGCCACUGCCUUCCUGUGGCUCCCUUGCUUCGUGGGGUCAAGUUCUUGGGGCUUAGGUCUGUAGUCUUUCAUGAAAGUCUUUCAGUUUGUGAGUUUGAUACUGAAUUACAUUCGCGUUGCUUCAGAAAGUUCACAUUUCUGUUAUCCUCAGUGUUCCUCUUUCUUAUGAAUUCAGAAGCAUAACUACUUAUAAAUUACUCAUAGAAAUAAUCUCAAAUGGUAGCAACAAAAAUAUUCUUUGUACUUGGUUUUGGUCUGCUGUGGUAUUUGAUUUUUAUUUCUAGUUUGAGUGACAUUUAUAAUUAGUUUGAAUUCUUUGAGUAGACAUUGUCACUGGGCAACAAAUUGAGCAUGUUUGACAUUACAGGAAGGAAAAAGAAGCCACCAGUAUUCACAGUUUGCUGAAAAUCUCAUAUAAAUUUUUCAAGUCAAUUUGGAAAUUGUCAAAUAAACAAUAACUUUAAAGUU